AUGGUCUCGAUAUUUUUCGUCGUUGGCGGCUAUGUGUCCUCGGCAAAAGCCAUCAAACUUGCGCGACAGCGACCGCACCAGCACGAACAGGUCUACUUGACCUUGACGUCGUCGCUGUUCCGCCGGGGCAUCCGGCUCUACUUGCCUGCCUUGGUCUCCACCUUCAUCACCCUGUGCGCCAUCCGCCUCGGUCUCUGGGAACCGGCGAGGCAGUACACAACCAUGCCUUAUAUCUUCCAAGCCGACAACCAUCACCAGCGAUUGCCGAGUUUCGGCGAACAGCUCGCGGACUGGUGGAGCGAGUUCAUGGGCCUGACGAACAUCUGGUCUUACUACAACUACUCGCACUGGCAGCCAUAUUACAACAAGUACGACCCGCACCUAUGGACUGUGCCAAUGGAGAUGAGGGGCAGCCUCGUUGUCAGUCUCGCACUCUUGGGGCUUCUCCGAUGUCGAGCCUGGUGGCGUUUCGUUCUCAUGUCCGCAACCGUUGUUUUCUGCGUCUACUGGGACCGUUGGGAGUGUAUGGACUUUGUGCUGGGCGCCAUGCUUGCGGAAGGGCACAUGGCCAUUUCGGAGAGGUUAAAGAGCGGUGAUGGAGCUGCGACUGCUGACGCUCAAGAUCCAAAUCGAGAAUGCAGCCAGGUGGCCGAUGAAGAGGAGAUGGAAGUGAUGGAAAUGCUACUAGAAAAGCCGAGAUGGGCAACUUCGCUAACUGCAUCUCCCAUUCAGACGUUGGAACGAUGGGCGAGAAAUUCCGCAGUGCGACUAGGCAUCCGCAUUGCCCUUUUCAUCCUUUCCAUGUGGUUCCUUUCCGCACCAAGCCACCGCUACGAGAUGUCUACUGGUUAUUCAAUCAUACCUUAUCUUGUCCCAAAAAGCAUAUCUGAUCCUAAGCGCUUCAUCCACGGAAUCGGCUCGGCACUUCUGGUGGUUUCAGUCUCCUGUACGCCCCUGCUGCAGAAGUUUUUCAACCAUGCCAUACCACAAUAUCUCGGAAAGAUCAGCUAUGCUCUUUACAUCUGCCACGGCCCGGUGAUCCAUAUGUUAGGCAUGUGGAUAACUCCAACCAUUUGGCGGGUUACUGGGUAUGAGACAAUGAGUGGAUGGCUGGUUGGAUUUUGCCUUGGUAGCUGUAUGGUGAUCGUGGUUGUGCUUUGGGCUGCUGAUUUGUUCUGGAGGAUGGUCGACACGAGGUGUGUGACCGUAGCUCGCUGGUUUGAGGGAAUUUGCUUUGAGAAAGAAGACUGA